AUGACUCGAUCGAUCGAAGAGCAGCCCGACCAGCAGUCAGACCAGGUCUCGACUACCACCGAGAAGCCCUCCGAGAUCAAGGAAGAUGAGACUCAUUUACCAACGGGGGCCCGGCUAAUAGCUAUUAUUGUUUCUAUUCUGUUCGCUAUGUUUUUGGUUGCCCUGGAUCGCACUAUCAUUGCCACGGCAGUCCCCCGAAUCGCAAACCAGUUCAAUGCUCUGGACGAUCUCAGUUGGUAUGCAAGUGCAUAUUUGCUGACAAGUUGUGCCACCCAGCUAUCCUGGGGCAAGGUGUACACCUUCUACUCGACCAAGACUGUCUUCCUGAUCGCCAUCCUUAUUUUUGAAGUCGGAUCGGCCAUCUGCGGCGGUGCGCCGAACUCUAAGGCCUUCAUUGUGGGACGGGCGAUAGCGGGUAUUGGAUCGGCAGGCAUAUUUUCCGGCGCAACGGUGAUAAUCGCACAGAUCGUGCCGCUGGCCAAACGGCCUAUCUUCGUCGGGCUGAUGGGGUCGGUCUUUGGGAUUUCGUCAAUCAUCGGACCUUUGAUGGGUGGUGCGUUUACGGACAACGUCACAUGGCGCUGGUGCUUCUACAUCAACCUGCCCAUCGGCGGUUUUACCAUGGUUGUCUUGUUCCUUUUCCUGGCUGUCCCCCACAAGCCCCAGCCGUGCACCUGGAAGCGAAAAGUCCUCCGCCUCGACCCUCUGGGCAGUGUGUUCUUCCUGCCCUCUGUCAUCUGCUUCUUGCUCGCCCUGCAAUGGGGCGGCACGGCCUACCCCUGGGGCAACGGGCGAAUCAUCGCUCUGUUUGUCAUUGCAGGAAUCCUGAUGAUUGCCUUUAUCGGCGUGCAGAUCCGCCUUAAGAAGGAUGCAACGGUGCCGCCUCAUAUCUUCAACCAGCGCAGCAUCAUCAGCGGAGUCGUCUAUGCCCUGUGUGUGGGUGGAGGGCUCAUAUCUAUGCUGUACACACUCCCACUCUGGUUCCAGGGCGUGCGCGGCACAUCAGCUGUGAAGUCCGGCAUCGAUACGAUCCCCAUGGUGCUGGCGCUUGUUGUGGGAUCCAUCCUCUCCGGUUCAAUCAUCACUGCAACGGGAUAUUAUGUUCCGUGGAUGUUCGUUGCAGCGAUUCUCAUGUCAACGGGCGCAGGGUUGAUGACGACCUUCAAGGUGGACACCAACCACGCUGCCUGGAUCGGGUACCAGGUGUUGUUUGGUAUCGGUAUCGGCACAGGAAUGCAGCAGCCCUCCAUGGCCGCGCAGACUAUUCUUCCUAUGGAUGAGGUCUCCAUUGGUAUCUCCCUCAUGUUCUUUGCGCAGUCCCUCGGUGGUGCUGUCUUUAUUGCUGUCGCCCAGUCGCUCUUCCAGAAUUACCUCGGAACAAACCUACCCCACAUCCAGGGAAUUGAUGUUACCAAGAUCCUGGCGGCUGGGGCAACGGGUCUCUCUGAUGCUGUCCCGGCUGAGAAGUUGACCCAGGUUCUGGCUUUAUACAAUGAUGGCCUUCGGCAGUCAUUCAUUGUUGCCGUGGCUGUGUCUUGUCUGAUGAUUGUCCCUGCAUUGACGAUGGAAUGGAGGUCAAUCAAGAAGGAGAAAUCGUCUGCCACGGCCUGA